UUGUUCAGCUACAAAGGCCUUUCAUCUUUUUGGUUUAACUUUGUUCAUUGUAGGUACUUCAAAAACACCUCAGCUUGUGCGAAAGACUUCAUCUCUCGUCUUUUUGUUCGAGACGUUACUCGCCGAGCCACGGUGGACGAUUGUCUGCGGCAUCCGUGGAUCAGAGGGCCAGAUGGAGACGACGUAGACUUGCGUAAAUUAUCCUGCAUCUCCAUAUCGCAUAUUCACUCAUUCAAACAGCGGCAACGAUGGCGGCGAGCUGUUGAACUAGUGAUGGUAUGCAAUCGAGUUACGCGAUCAGUGCGAUUGGCGAUUAACCAAGCGACGAAAAUGCAGCGAACGAUUGAAACGCGAUACGAUCCGGUAAGUGCUUCAGUCGAAUUUAUAAAAUUGGCAGACAAAAUUAGCAAACAGGAUUCAAGGAUUUCUCUUGUUGUCAAAAAAAAAAGAAGACGAGAUUGAAU